UGGACAGAAAAGAUAAACAGAUAUCAUGGUAGUCAAGACUAUAGUAUUAAUGACUUGUUAAACGUAAGCAUUCUAUAUUUAGAGCAAGGAAAUUAUUGAAAACAAAAAUGAAUCUAAACAUUUUGUUAAAUUUUAGGAUUUUAAAGGCGUUAAAUGCAUUUAAAUAUCGGUUUCUGUGUUCAAAUAUUAUUAUUAAUAUUAUCAUUAUUAAUAUUAAUUUUGGCGCAGAGGGACUACAACAGAGCUACCACCUGAGAAAGACUCCAGCUGGAGACUGUCCCGUAGGCUACUUCAUAAAGAAUAUUGAACAACGCGAAGGGUGUUUACCAUGUGAGCUAUGUCCAAGAGGUUUCCAGGUCAAUAAGUGGUGUAAUGGUACGAAAAAUACUGAGUGCGAACCAUGUCCUAUAGGCACAUUUAAUGAUGCCACAGGAGGUGCGUGCCAACCCUGUUCCACCUGCAAAGUUGGCGAAUUCAUAAGAAGAAAAUGUUUGCCAGAAAAAGAUACGAAAUGUCGAAGAUGUCCUAAAGGAAAGUAUUCAGUGAAUGGACAAGGGUUCGCAUGUCGGCCCUGCACUGGGUGUCUGGAAUCCAACAGAGAAGAGAUGUUUCCAUGUAAGUCUGAACACGACAGAGUCUGUGGACAGUGUAAACUUGGUCACUUUUCCGAACUGGGAGGGCGGUGCCUGCCAUGCUCCUAUUGUGGAUAUACGUCCAAACAAAAGUUCGUCCCAGAUUGUGCCAAGCAGAAGGGCUUAGAAUACCCUAACCUGUGUUGGCCAGAUCCGAGAAUACGACUCCCUUAUACAGAUUCGAUCGCACCAAUUACAACUUUUUCUAAUCAAGCUGAACGUGGAUACCACAACGAAAAUGCGCUGAUUGUAUUUGGUGUUUGCAUUUUUGCAGUCGGUUCGAUUCUUCUGAUUUUCACACUUUUGUGGGCCAUGCAUCGUGUUAGAUGUCGGUAUAAGCUAAAACGAACUUUGAUAAAUUCAGGCGAUGCUACUUUUUUCACACCGUUUUUGCAAAAUACUGGACAAAACACGAAUCCGUAGUGGAUUUGUGAGGUGAAUACAACAGCUAUAGCGUCACGUCUGGUAUCGAUACAUUUAGAUCAACUAUUAAUUAUUGUAAAAAUGAGCCACAACUAAAUCGAACGAAUUGAGCCCACGUACUGAGUCGAACGUUUCAAAGCAAGAUGGGAGAAAACAAUCCAGAACCAAGGAGAAGAUCACAUACUUGGUCGGGGAGUCACUCGACUAGUUGUUAUAUUACAAAACGAAUGGAGUACGAAGGAGAGAUCCUAAUAUCCAUGUAAAAUAGUUUAUGUAUAAACCGGAUUGAUACUUAGAUGAUUUAUUUAAAUAAAAAAACGUAGACAUAUUUUUUAUUAAAAUACAUAUUUGAAAGAAGAUUCUCCGAAAGAAAUACACCCACACAUUUGGUUUCAUUGCGACCGUUCAUUGACUACAAUCGUAAAUGUCUCACUGUAAUUGUCUCACUUGUAAUGUUCUUAGUGACGGCAUAGUCGGUAUUCUAUUUU